AUGCAUGUAUGUUUUUUAGGUUAUUCCUUUGUUUCUUUGGAUCCUCUUUACUCACUGACCGAGUCUGACAUACAUGAUCGACAGCUCCCCGAGGGCAUUGGAGCGAGAUGGAAAGACCUGGCUCGGAAACUGGGAUUCAAAGAACGUUCCAUUGAAGUUAUUGAGAGAGAAAAUUGUUCUUACCACGACCGUUGUAUCAAACUUUUGGUGCGAUGGAUGGAAAAGGGAGGUCAACAUGGUGCCACUGCUGGGAAACUCGCUGAAGCUUUAAAGGCCAUCGAACUUCAGUCAUUGGCCGACAGAUUAAUUGGUAUUCUUAAAUUUUUUCGACUCUUGGCUAUAUUCUGGUGUUUCAUUUGUUUUUUCCCUAUGCACCUCUUCGAAAUGUGCUUUAUGGCGUUCUAAAAAACGUUAAUCUAUUCAGCAGGUGACCAUUGGGUAUUAACACAAACUGGCUAUUGAUCUCAUACACUAAAGUUGCCGUGAUAAAUUUUCAAGUCAGUUUUUCUUUUGGAACUGUUCUUGGACUAGGCGUCAAAUUCUUAUAUUGUUCACUAGAUACCAGAGGUGCCCAUGUUUAAAGCUUAAAUUUGAGGACCUUCUAAUUUUGAUGCUGAAUAUUUAACGCUGCAGGUCCGAGUGAUAGAAGAAUGAUAAUGAUGGAGAUUCAAGGAACAUUUCGCCUUGAAGAUGGGGUAUGUCUUCACCCAUAAGAGAGUGUGAAUUUACUGAUCUUUUGUUAGUACAGAUGUGCGUAUGGCUCAGUAAUUGCACCCAUUUUUUUUUUUUAACAGACUGAGAUCAUCGUGGGGGUCGACAGCACCGAAAGGAGGACAUUUUUCAUAUGGAAGAGUCCUGAUAAAGAAUUUAACACAUCCGAUAAGGUACUUUAAGAAACCAAUUCUAGGUCUUAACAAAUCGAUCCUAUGUUGCGGUGGGUCUGUUCAGUAAAAUAUCUCAGAUGACGUAAAGAUGUGGUAAGAACAAAAGAGUGGCUCACGAGGCUCAGCCGGGUGUGUUGUAAUGUUCUUAAAACUCGGAGGGUGACGCUUUUGUGAUGAAUAGCACUUGCCAAUCUAGCGAACCAGCCAACCAGCAGGUGCGAAAAGCACUAUUCACUGGUUUGGUAUGUAUAUUAACCCUUGAACUCCCAAGAUCUCUUUAGUAAUUCUUCUUACUGUCUGCCAUAUAAUUCUUGUGAUGUUAGUUUGAAGAAUUUGGUAUUGGAUCAACUAGUAAUCCCCUAAUUAAUAUAUUCCUUUAUUCUCAUCACUUGCCUGCUUGAUAUCGUAUUGAUAUUGUAAGGAGAAAUUCUGUCUUGGUCACUUUUGGGAGUUUAGGGGUUAAAAGUAAUACAUUCCUGACAGUGCCUAUCAAUCAGUCUCUGUUUAUUUCGAAGUAUUCGUUCCGCAGAAUUGUUAGGUUACUGAAUGAUAAUGGAAGAGGAUCACUUCCUUUCAUAACUUGUUCACUUAGUUGCUUCAACUCCCCAAACAGGAACUGAAGAGAUAUUUUGAUGCUACCUGUCAAAUCACUGCACAGACACCUGAAGUUAUUGAGAAAAUUAUCGGAACAUCAGUCAGAACAUCAGUUGAUGUCAAAAGCCGUAAAGAUCCACCCAGCAAUGAGCAGAUCUCCUUUCAGACGCCUGAAGUUAUGCAAGGAGACAUCGCAAAACUAAUUGAGGACAAAGAUCGGAAAGAGAUUUCUACCCAGACGCCUGACACUUUAGAGGAAACUAAUGGGACAUCAGCUGAGAGAUGGCUGGAAGAUUCACCCCUCAAAGUGCAUAUUUCGACUCAGACGAAUGAAACUGAAGAAGUAUUUAGAAAAUCUGAUGAAACGAAAGGGGAAGAUUCACCCGCCAAAGAGCAGAUUGGUGUUCAGACGCCUGAAGUUAUGGAAGAAAUCGUCGGAAGAUCAACUGAAGACAAAGGCCAGAAAGAGAUCUCGACCCAGGAGUCUGAUACUGCAGAAAAAUUUACCGAAACACCACGUGAGAAAUGGAGGGAAGAUUCACCCAUCAAACAGCAGAUUAGGACACAAAACCCUGUAGUUGGAGAAGAAUACAGACCAUCCGAUGAAACGAACCUGGAAGAUCCAUCAGACAGAGUGCCGAUUUCCACUCCAACGUCUGAAGGUGAAGUAAAAAUUAUCGGGACAUCAGCCGAAUUUCAAAGGGAAGGUUCAUACCACAAGGAGAUUUCCACUCAGACGUCUGAGGUGGAAAAAGGAAUUAUCGGAACACCAGUCGAAGAUAAAAGCCUGGAAGAUUCAUUCAUAGCAGUUCAAAUUUACACCCAGACGGUUGAAGUUGUUGAAGAAAUUAUCAGAACACCAGCUGAAGAGAUGGAACAGUUUUCCACUCAGGCGUCUGAAGGUGUAGAAGAAAACAGAAAAACAAGUGAAGAGAAAGAGGAAAAUUCAUCUUCCAAAGCGCCAAAGAUUUCCGAGAAGCUGAAGGAUCUGCAGGAGAAGCUGUCGGUUGUAGAAGAAAAUCUCAAGAUACCUGAGCUGAAAGGAGAAGCUUUCCAUGUUACUAAGAAAUUGGAUUUGAUCUCCAGACAUAACACAACCAUUCAGGAACUGUACACACAAGUGAUGGGCAUGAUGAGGGAAGCGUGCAAGUGCGAUGAGUUCUUAAGAGAGAAAUUUUACGAUUUUUCGCAUUGUAGCUUGAGAGCCGUGCAUAAUAAUCUGAACAAAAGUUUCGCGGAUCUACAAUCAGAACAAGGGAAUAUGACAGCAGCAGAGAAGAGAAAACUGGACUCGCUGAUCCUAUCCAGAAAGGGCAGAGAGAAGCAGAUUAUGUACCUGGACAAAUUUUUAAAGCGACUGUUCUCUUCGGUAAGUAAACAUCACCAAUGUCAUUUAGCAGUUUAUGUAACCGGCAGUCUCGUACAUUUUGUUUUUCCGGUGAUGAAGCUCUUUUUUAUCAGUUGAAAAAAGAGUUAUUCAGAGGUAAAAUACCUUUUAAUACCUGUUCUAAAUUGCCAACGCCCACUCAAACCUGUCGCUUUUGUUCCCAAUUGCAGGCAGCUGAACUCAAGAAAUCUCAAUCAUCACCAUGUGGGAGAGGCAAUCGGAAAAUAUCUGGUGAUUCCAAGGUAAUAAAUCACUGUUUAAUCCUUGACCGAAGUAACGUCGAAUGUAACAACUUAAGUAUAAUUGCUCUAGUGAUUAUAGAGAUGCGUGCGCUUUGGAUUGCGUCAUAUCUGGCCAUAAUCAUAUCGCAAGGAAGUGAUAAGUGCAAUAGAAGGAAAACUCAGUCGCGAAGAGCGCAAAAGACGCCACUGAGUUUGGUUUUCAAAAUAUAAGAUGUGGAGUUUUUGCUGAUUGAAUUGUAUAAACCUGUUUAAACUGCCUGUUUAUCUUGAUAUGAGUAAUCAACACAAUUGUAACAAAAAAGGCGCAAUUAUUUACAGAUUAACAACAGAAUUCGAAAGCACUCGAGCAAUUACAAUAAAACAAUUUUUUGCUUCAGGCUCGGUAAACAUUGUUGAAUAAUCCCCUCGACUUCGUCUCGGGGAUUAUAAUCAACGAGCCUGAGGCGAAUAUAUAAUUGUUUAAUACAAGAAAUUGGCUUCAUUUGGCACCACAACAUGUUGGGAUAUUUGCCUGCGAACUCCAUCUGUUUCAGGACAAAACAGUUUCCGAGAACUAACCCCGAGGUAAACUGUGCGCUUCCAGAAAUUCGAGGGUAUCUGCUCGGUUCCUACGAAAUCGUCACCCCAUUUCCCUUCCCAGUGAGGGAUAGUGACAAGUAUAAGUUCAAGAGACGCGAGUCAAGUUUUGUUUUUCUAAUAAAGAGAAACAAUCUCAGCUCUCUUUAACCCUUUACACCCUAACAUCAGCAUGUAUAUUCUCGAUACUGUUCACGUUUACGUUUCCUGAGGUGCUUUCAAGGCGAAUUUGUUGAAACAAUCAAGAGCUAAGAAGUUGGUGAUUAUUUCCUUUAUCCUCAUGACCGUGAUGUGUGAUUGCACGGUGAUAUUGUAAGGAGAAAUUAGAUGUUAGUCUCUCUUAGGGGUGAAAGGAUUAAAAUAUUUCAGGGCUCUCACCAAAGGAUUCAUGGUAAAUAAAAACGCUAUUGUUGCGUUUCUCAUUAUAUUUCAAGAACCGAUUAAGGAAGCGGAAAACCCAAAGCAGAGUCCUUUCUUCAUAA